AUGGAAGCCAACUGUGACGAUGAGGGAUCAAAGCCAUCACUGAUGCCCCCACACCCGCAGCUGCUCUCGUCCCUUCAGGUUGCGCCUGGGUUGAUUUCGGCGCCACACAUAUCCAAAAUGAGCUUCGGACGCCCCUCCCUGAGCGCAAGAACUGGGACCGUACGUGGUAUGAAUGAUGGGACAAUUUUUCCUGACUCGGACUUCGCCGCGACAGUACCACCCAGGCGCAUGAGGAGGGCUGCUCUAAGAAGGACACCCCUCAGAGGAGUCGUCCAGAUCGCGGUCGUGCUUGUCGAUUUUCCAGACCAGAGGAUGUCACGAAACGCUACGCAGCGUUUUCAGGAUCUCUUUUUCUCGACGGGGCAGAUCACCACGGGAAGUGUUACCGAAUACUUCUCAGAGGUGAGUAACAGCACAAUCUCCUUAGAUGGUGUGGUCCUGGGUCCAUUUGGUAUGCCGCGAACACUUCGUGAGUACGCCAAUGGUGAAAGCGGGACCUCCUCCAUGCCUCCCAAUGCGCGAACCCUGGCCGCUGAUGCGCUCGACGCAGCCAGAAGCCACAUAAACUUUAGUCAAUAUGACAACGAUAACAACGGUUAUGUGGAUGCAUUCAUUGUGGUUCAUGCUGGACGAGGGGCAGAAGUGACGGGAAAUUCAAACGACAUCUGGUCACUCAAGUGGGUGUUGCCCAAUUCUGUCUCCGCCAAUGGAGUUCAUGUAUAUGGGUUCCUCACGAUCCCUGAAGACGCAUAUCUUGGUGUUUGUGCUCACGAGCUGGGCCAUCUAGUGUUUGGGUGGCCUGAUCUCUAUGACACGGACAAUAGCUCCGAGGGAAUUGGAAGUUGGUGUCUUAUGGCGGGUGGUUCAUGGGGAGGUUCGCCACCAGGUGUUCAGCCAUGUCAUCCCUCCGCCUGGUGUAAAGCGUCGCAGGGGUGGGUUAGGGUCCAUAAGCCGAAUAGGCCACAGGGGAUCAUAUUGCGGGAUGUAACGACGAACCAUGAGGUCUACCGAUUAUGGACUGGUGGAGAUACCGCCAGCGAAGAGUAUUUCCUGCUUGAGAACCGUGCCGCUGUUGGCUUUGACCGCUCCCUUCCAGGAUUUGGUCUGAUCAUUUGGCAUAUCGAUGACUCACAAGGGGACAACAGUGAUGAAACCCACUAUUUAGUUGCCAUGGAGCAAGCGGAUGGCUUAAAUCAACUUGCGACGUCGACUUCCGGUAGGGGUGACGCUGGGGACCCCUACCCGGGAGCAACUGAUAAUCGAUCCUUCACCAACACCUCUAGGCCGAAUAGUCAGUCAUACUCUGGGCAAGCGACCGGGGUUUCUGUGACCAACAUUUCCGCUGCGGCCGCAUCCAUGACCAUGGAUAUUGACAUGUAG